UUGAAGUAAACCUCCAGCGCGCGCAAAGUUCAGAUCAUUUGGCGCGAGGAGAGUGAUCGGAGCACUUCAGGUUUAACGCCGGGCACUUUUUCCCCCCCAUCUCCGUUACAGAACUUCCAUAUUUCAUUCAUAAUGUUUGAGGCACGGCUUGUCCAGGGAUCCAUCCUGAAGAAGGUGCUGGAAGCCUUGAAGGACUUGAUCACAGAGGCGUGUUGGGACAUCAGUUCAAGCGGCAUAUCCCUGCAGAGCAUGGAUUCUUCUCAUGUCUCCCUUGUGCAGCUCACCUUGCGCCACGAUGGUUUUGAUUCUUAUCGAUGUGACAGGAAUCUCGCAAUGGGGGUGAACCUCAGCAGCAUGUCCAAAAUCUUGAAGUGUGCUGGCAAUGAAGAUAUUAUCACUCUCCGAGCAGAGGACAAUGCAGACACAUUAUCGCUAAUCUUUGAGACACUCAACCAAGAGAAGGUAUCAGACUAUGAGAUGAAACUGAUGGACCUGGAUGUAGAGCAGCUUGGAAUUCCAGAGCAGGAGUACAGCUGUGUGGUGAAGAUGCCCUCUGCAGAGUUCGCCCGCAUCUGUCGAGAUCUGUCCCAGAUUGGUGAUGCAGUAAUGAUUUCUUGUGCAAAGGAUGGUGUGAAAUUUUCUGCCAGUGGAGAACUGGGUACAGGCAACAUCAAACUGUCUCAGACGAGCAAUGUUGACAAGGAGGAUGAGGCUGUGACAAUUGAGAUGAAUGAGCCAGUCCAGUUGAUCUUUGCUUUGAACUACCUCAACUUUUUUACUAAAGCCACUCCUUUGUCCAAGACUGUCAUUCUCAGCAUGUCUGCAGAUAUCCCUCUUGUGGUGGAAUACAAGAUUGCAGACAUGGGACACGUGAAGUACUAUCUGGCACCUAAGAUUGAUGAGGAGGCAUAAGGACUGUUAGCUGAAGGAUCCCCUGGUACCCACGUACACUUGGAACUUGCAUCCCAUAAGCACUCUUAAGUUCCAAGACCCUUGUGUGAUAGUUAUUUCACACAGCAAUUGGUUGUCUACAGUUUAUAUUUUGUAACUGUUGAGCAUCUUAAAGGACAGCUGUCAGUUUUCAGAGCGCUUAUCAAAAGCCACUGUAAUUAUGCAAUGUGGAAGGGGGCAGGUAAAAAGCAUGGGGUUAUGUUUGAAAUGAAUGGCUUUCCCUUUUUCUAUUUCCCUCUUUGAGGGCUGUCUACCCCUUGCUUGUAGAUAUUUUUCUGUAAAUAUAUUUCUAGUUUUCAGAGUUGUUACACAGAAUUGUUUACCUGUCUGUAUUUUUACUCUUGAAGCCCAAAUAAACACAAAUCCUGUGGUUGUUAA